CAACAAAGACAUAAAAAAUAAAGGUUCUCCAACCUCCAUCAUUGUUCCUUCAAAUUUCUCUCUCUCUCUCUAUAGACUUAUGUGAUUGGGAUUUCUAAUAUGCUUAAAAAAUUCUUGUAUUUAAUGAAGAGGAGGGAGACCUAAUAAAGGUAGCUUCUCUAAGAAAAACACAAGGGCUUGUUUGGGAGGGAGAAAAGUAAAGUACAAGAGAAGGCCAGGAAAGGUCAGCACAAAAGUGAGAAUUGAGUUGAAGAAGAAAGAAAGUGAAUUGAUGAAGAAGCACCAAGCAAGCAAAUAAAUAAAGCUUUAUAUUUGCCUUGUUAAAACUCUCUACUCUUUGAGUUUUCUAGGAGAGAUAGAUAGAUAGAUAUAGAGAGAGAGAGAAAAAGAAAGAGAGAGCAAUGAAUAGAGGUGUUUUGCAGAGCCAUGGUUGGUGGAGCAUCAACACUAGCAUGAGGCCUCCCACAUCUCAUCAUCAUCAUCAUCAUCAUCAAGAAGCUUCAUCAGCUAACACUAGUACUUCUCCUUUCAUGGCUUCUCCUCCCCCUCCCCCCACCCCCUUCUUCACCCCUCCCCCACUCCCAUUUUCUUCUUCUUCCUCUUCUUGGAGUGAUACCCACCACCACCUCCCUCCUCCUGACUCUUGGAGCCAAUUUCUCCUGGGAGGGUUGGUGGAUGAAGAAGAUAAAUCUGGGUUGAGUGCUAACAUGGAGGCUGCGAAGAAGCUGGAGAAUUGGGAGGAGCAACUACUCAAAUUCGACGACACAAAGAACCAAGAAAGCAGCUGCUAUGUCUAUGGCGCCGCCGCCACUGCACCAAAUAAUGCAGAAUUUGCAGUAGCAAAACAACCCAACAAUAACUGGUCUCAAUCUUCUUCUCCAAAAUCUUGUGUUACCACUUUAAGCUGCCCCAGUAACAUGUUGGAUUCUUGUAACAAGAUUCUCAUGUCUGAUAAUGCUACCAGACAUCCUCCCCCAGAUCACUCAUCUGAGUGUAACAGCACAGGUACUACUGGUGGGGCACCUAAGAAGCUUAGGGUACAACCUUCUUCAACUACUCAAUCUACCUUCAAGGUGAGAAAGGAAAAAUUGGGUGAUAGAAUUACUGCCCUUCACCAACUGGUCUCCCCCUUUGGGAAGACUGACACAGCCUCAGUGUUGUUAGAAGCUAUUGGAUACAUAAGAUUCCUUCAGAGUCAGAUUGAGGCCCUUAGCUUGCCUUACCUGGGCACUGCAACACAAACCAUGAGGCACCAUCAACGACCUGUUGUUCAAGGGGAAAGGAAUUCUUUAUUUCCUGAAGACCCUGGUCAGCUCUUGAAUGACAACUCCAUGAAGAGGAAAGGAAUUUCCCAUCAUCAGGAUUUGGAUGAUGAAUCAAAGAAGGACUUGAGGAGCAGAGGGCUUUGUCUUGUCCCGAUAUCAUGCACGUUACAAGUUGGGAAUGACAAUGGGGCGGAUUACUGGGCUCCGGCGGCUUUUGGUGGAGGUUUCCGAUGAUCGGAGAGAUCCAAAAAAUUCUAAUCGAAUUAAUCGUCCAAGAUGCAGCACACAGUACUAGAAAUUAAUUAAUUAACGACUUAAUUAGAAUAUAAUCAAGGCUGGGUAUAAUCUAAAGACUUGCUCGCUAUAACAUCAUGAGCAGUCAAUCUGCUGAAGUUAUAAGGUUGAUUGCUCAUGAUGCUAUACAUUUUAUUAGAUCAAUAUCGUCGAAGGUUGUUUUAAUGUGUGCUGUCUGUAAUAUUAAUUAAGUGAUCUUAAUCAAUGUUAUUAUCCUAUCUUUUUUCA